GCGGCUACUUUCAGAGCAAUAAUAGAAAUAUUGUUAAGACAUUUUGACGGUUAACGAUAGAACAAAAAGUGUAUUUUACUUUGAGCGAGAUACAAAGGAGCUUUUUUGCUUUUCUCAGGUAAAAAUAUCUUUCGGACCAACUUCAGAGCAGUUGCACUGCGACGCUGUUGGCAGAUGAACGUGUUUCGAUAGAUUGUAGUUUAGUUUCUAAGUUUUAGUGACUAAAAAGUAGUUUUAUAAACUUAAAUCUGUAUGGACAGUUACUUUUUAAGUGAUUCUAAUGUGUAAAAUCAACUCAAAAUGUGUUAUUGAACUUAAAAGUGUGGGUUACUACCCGAUUUGAGUUUUGUAAUAGUUCACUGUGCGUGCAAAAAGGAUGUUAACUUUUUAAAACAGGAUUUCGUCAGGAAUUUUGUAUGUGUAACAAAGAUGGCGGACCCGGAUGUGACGUCAGCGCCGAGCUCACCGGCGCCGGAACCGGAAGCAGACGCCUGCCCCGAGUGCGACACUAGCGCCAGUGUUACUUCCGAUUUGCACAAAUACCAAGUGGCAUGCACAUGCAAACCGGCGUCGGUGCAGUACGCAUGCGCGGUGGAGCCCGGGCCAGCGCCCCCGGCUAAGACUGACACGCCGCCCGCGCUGCCGCCGCGCCCGCCCGCCACCGUGCUCGCUACUAACCGGAGGAAUAAUGCGGCAGUGGGGUGCCCGCGCAGCGAGGCGGUGUGCCGGCGCCGCAAGUACGCGUGGUGGUGCUGCGGCUGCGGCGCGCUGGCGGCGGCGCUGGGCGGGCUGCUGGCCGCGCAGCACAUCCUGGUGCGCGCCUACACCGCCAGCCCGCAUCACCUCGAGACCGUGCCCGCCGCCGUACCCGCUGCCAUGCUGGUCCUGACUGGCGUCUGCAUCAUGAGCCUCGCGCGCCGGCGCAAUCGAUACAGCUAUAUGAUAAAGGUGGUGGGUGCUUGCUGUCUGGUCUGCGCGCUGACGUGUGUGCUGGUCACCAUUACCACCACAGUCAUUCACAUGAACAAACUACAAACCCUCAAGUUCUGUGAAUACACGAAGUUGACGAGGACCUGCACGUGUUUCUCCAUGCCUCCUGAUACGCAGCACAGCGGCACAGACGACGAAGGUGUCCGCUGCGUAUUCGAAGGCGUCACCGACUGCGGAGUAGUUCACGGAGCUCUAUACUGGUGUCUGCGAGGAGUCUUCGCCCUGUCUGUCAGCGCUGUGUUGGUGUGCAUCUUCAGCUGCAUGCUGGCGUACCAGCUGCUCAGCCACGAGCGUAAGAAGAUGUACUGGGAACAACUGGAGCUCCGCUGCCGGUCUCUGUACCGGCCAUCGACGGGGCAGAGCACCCAGGCUGCUGGGAGACCUGUGCAGAGCAACUGCAGCUGUUGUGCCCAGUGUCACCCCUCGCAGCCGGCUUGGGACAUCAGUCUACAGCAUCGAUUCUGGGCUCCAGGUCGCAUAGGCAACCUGUACUCUCCGAACCCCGGCACCGGCCGCAAGACUUCUGCAUGGAGCUGGUUUCCUUGGCCGAGGAGUAACAGUCAGAAUUCCCGUUGCCGUAUGGGCGGCGUCCCCCAGUCAGGCGACAGCGCUUACGGUUUCUGCGACACAGACUCUCCUCCUCAGAACGCGCCCCAAACCCCCUACGAAGACCGCACCUACCCUCCAAACAUAAACCCCUUCCAACGCGCUCAAAACUCCGGCACGUUCACUCAAAACUUCGCUCAGAACUCGGCGUCGUUUGCUCAGAAUCCUGCCUCCUUUGCUCAGAAUCCUGCUUCGUUUGCUCAGACUGCUAGCGCGUUUGCUCAGAGCACUGGGUUCGCUCAGACUGGGUUCCAAGAGGGGUUUGGGGAGGCUAGUGGUAGUUUUGACGCUCAGACCGGCGUCUGGGGCCCACCGCCACCGUACAGUCCUCAGGGAAGGAGUGGUAGCAGACACCAUCUCCACCAAGACCCAGCAGCGGCCACGCUUCUCCACCACCAUCACAUCGACGUCCACAGAAACUCCAUACCCAUACACGACCACAACAUACAACCCCACUCUUGCCGCAACUCAUACAUGCUACAACACAACCUACAACAAACCUUACCUGACAUGCGUCUCAACCCGGAAUUGACUCGUCUCAACCCGGAACUAACUCGUCUCAACCCGGAAUUAACUCGUCUCAACCCAGAAUUAACUCGUCUCAACCCAGAACUAACUCGUCUCAACCCGGAAUUAACUCGUCUAAACCCGGAAUUAACUCAUCUAAACCCGGAGCUAGGUCAUCUGAGCCCUGAAUUGGCUCAUUUAGCUCAGAUGUAUACUCCGGAUGAGCUAGCUCGUUUGCAAGCUGAAAUGGGCCAUAUAGCUCAAGAGGGGAGGUUUAAUACGCUUAGGGGUCACCUGGUCCCCUACAGGGGAUGUCAGAGGUCCCUGGGCAUGAGUGCUGGGAACCUUCACCGGGAUUGUCGUAUGGAUGACGCUAUGGGCAUCGAGUGCUUGCAUCAGAAAAGUGUUAGCAAAGUGUCAGAGCAAGCCGAGCACCAGAAGCUGGGCAAAGAGAACCUGGGCUUCCAGAACGACAAGAGCUCCCCGGUGCGGGCGUGUGCGCAGGACUGCCACCGCCACGCCGAGUCCGAGGUGUACUUCGCCGAUGUGUCCAGCUGCUGCAACGUCUCCGUCAAGGCGGAAUGCUGCAUGAAUCCAAACGUCUCAGCCUUAGUCGGAACAAUCGAGAAUCAUCCAGAAUCAACCUCGGAAUCCGACACGGGGUCGUUCACGCUAACUCGCCAACAGCGCCCACAACCCCAAGUGGGCUCCAAACGACGCCCACGUCAAGAAAAACACGCCCAACACCUCAAGAACCAAGAAAAACUACGCCAAGACCUGAACAACUCCCUCAGAUUGACAGAACAACAGAUUGAACAGCUAAACAACUCAAUGAGAAUGAGUGAGCGGAUUGAACGAAUGGAAGGAAGGUUGAAUGAUUCGAGAGACCGCUUGAAUGAGCGAUGUGUUAUUGAUCGAUUGAACGAACGGAUUGAUAAUAGGAUGGAGCCGAGGAUGGAAAGAAUGAAUGAUUCGAGAAUAAGUGAGAGGAUGAACGACUCUCGUGUGAGCGAGAGAAUGAAUGAGUCGAGAAUCAUUGAGAGAAUGAAUGAAUCUCGCAUUAGUGAGAGGAUGAACGAGUCAAGACUCGGUGAGAGAAUGAAUGAAUCUCGUAUUAGCGAGAGAAUGAACGAGUCACGACUCGGUGAGAGAAUGAACGAAUCUCGCAUUAGUGAGAGGAUGAACGAGUCAAGACUCGGCGAGAGAAUGAACGAAUCUCGCAUUAGUGAGAGGAUGAACGAGUCAAGAAUCUCAGACCGAGUAAACGAUAGAAGCGACCGGAUGGUUGAACGAAUGAACGAUUCCCGCCUCAGCGACCGAUUUGAAGACAGGCGAAUGUCGGAUUUGAAUUCUAGCAUCAGAAAUGAUAGUCCCUUGCGUAUGCCUCGGUCUAGCCCUAAAAUACUGUCUAAGGAACAUCCCAGACAAUCGAGCUCGGACUCUAAAGAGUUCUUUGUAGCUCCAGCAAUAUCACCACUAUCGCCUAAGACUGAAGAGUCCCUACUUUCAGACGAUGAUAGGCAAGACCAAGUAUAUUCCAACGAGCCAGAGACAUCGAAAUGCCUCGGCCCCGACGCACAAUACGAACCAGUGCGGGAAGAAAAGGAAGAGAUACUAAAAACAAACCAUCAUCAUUGCUAUAGUGAUACUAAUACCAUGGACUCAGGGUGGCAAAGUGGCUCAGAGAAGCAAGUUACAGAUUAAACUGUAACUAAACUGUGACGAAACUGUAACUAAACUGUAAUGUGACUGUAAGUGAACUUUGAAGGUAUUGUACGUGGUUACGAAUUUCUAGGCGAAUGAAUUAUUUUUGUAGUGAAUUUGAAUUCUAAUUAACUGAGAUACAAUUGAAUUCUUAUAAAUGAUUCGACGGGUAAUUCUGCAUUAUACGAAAACGAAUGGGAUUAGUUCCGCAGUAUUUUAUUACGGUAAUAUAACUCAUAAUUUUGAAUUCAUAAAAUGUGAAUACUAGUUUUGAAUUUCAAAUUAGUAAUAAUAAUUAUGUUUGAAAUUUUAUUUACACAAAAUUCAAAUGUUGAAUUGAAUUUGUUUCCGUGACUGUGACAUUUUAAGUACCUAGUUGAUUAAAAGUUAGUGCAUUAUAUUUGGAAUUAAUAUUAUACAGGGUGUUAGAGACACCGCACCGAAUACUGAGGGGGAUGAUUCUGAUUUAAUAUCAAGUGGAAUUUUCCGUCGCAUAAGUAUAGAACAGAAAACAUUUUCAUGAGUUUUGCGACAGAUAAUUCCACUUGAUAUUAUCUCAGAAUCGUGAGCUGAAUCAUCCCCCUCAGUAUUCGUAACGAUGUCACUAACACCCUGUAUAUUUACUUAUGUAAAUAAAAAUGAAUUUAAUAAUAAAUGCUCAUUUCUCAAGAAAGACUCCACUGCCAAAAUAAGGUACUUUUAAUAAUAAUACUCUUAAAAAUAUUAAUUAUUUUUCUAUUUAUUGUCCUUCUUGCCAAUGGUCAUUGAAAACAGUUCUCUAUUUUAUUAAAUUAAAAAUAGCAUUUUUCAUUUCAUUUAAUAACAUUGAUGUUUACGUAAUAUUCAAAUGACACUAAAAUUAAUAAAUAUUUAAUGGUACCGAUUUUAGGAGCCGCUUAAAAUUAUUUUAAUUCAUUUUCACAGUUCUACAACUUUGUAUGAAAUAUAAUGAAAGGAUUAUUUAAGUAUUUUUGGAUCUCGUGAAUGUCCACUUAUAUUGUUAUUAGGUAAAAGGUAUGUCGUUAUAUUGUAUGUGAUCCCUCAGGCUUGCCAAUAUUCCAGUAAUCUGUUAAUGUUGUAGUAAUGUGCCAAGUAUCUGUCUAACUAGGAAUUUAGGGGGUUUAUAAGAAAAUGACAUGUAUAACUUAAAGUAAAAUUAGGAGGUGUCUGCAGGAAUCGGGGCCAUUGUGCUUCUCUUGUCACUUCUGUUUUUAAUGUUUAUUUUAUUAUUUAUUUAUUAAAAAUAAGUACAGUAUUUAAUACAUUUUUUUACA